UUCCUAGUCCUCCCACUUCUCCCCCCGCCCAGUUCACCAUUUCUCCGCCGCGGCCGCACACUCCCCGCGGGCCGACGAGGGUGAGUCCGUGCGGGAGCGCUGCGAGAGAGUGCGAAGCCCUAACCCUCGAUCCCCGACCGGAAGCCGAUGGCCGCGCCGUCCCCCGCCGCGUCCCUCCUGCUGGUCCUCGUCGUCGCCGCCUCCGCGGCGCUCGCGCCGGUGGCCUCCGCGGUGCCCUUCAUCGUCCUGCACGGGAUCGGGGACCAGUGCGGGAACGACGGGAUCGCCUCCUUCACCGAUGAGCUCGCGGAGUGGUCGGGAUCCAAGGGAUACUGCAUGGAAAUUGGGAGAGGAUCAUGGGAUUCUUGGUUAAUGCCACUUCAAGAUCAGGCAAAUGUGGUUUGCAAGAAGGUAAAGGAAAUGGAAGAACUUCGUGAAGGUUACAGCAUAAUUGGCCUUUCUCAGGGGAACUUAAUUGGGCGGGCAGUAAUUGAGUACUGCGACGGUGGGCCACCGGUAAAGAAUUUCAUCUCAAUUGGGGGUCCUCACGCUGGUACUGCUUCAGUGCCACUUUGUGGUUCUGGUUUUCUUUGCGUUCUUGUUGAUGUGCUGAUUCAACUGGAGAUAUAUUCAAACUAUGUGCAGGCACAUCUUGCCCCUAGCGGUUACCUAAAGAUUCCCACUGAUAUGACAGAUUAUUUGAAGGGUUGCAAAUUUCUUCCGAAGCUUAAUAAUGAGAUACCAAGUGAAAGAAACAUUACAUAUAAAGAAAGAUUUAGCAGCUUGGAGAACUUGGUACUGAUCAUGUUUGAGGACGAUGCAGUCCUGAUACCUCGCGAAACGGCAUGGUUUGGUUAUUAUCCUGAUGGCGCCUUUAAUCCAGUGCUUCCUCCUCAAGAGACAAAGCUAUAUACCGAAGACUGGAUCGGCUUGAGGACUUUGGAUGAGGCUGGGCGUGUUAAGUUUGUGUCGGUGCCCGGAGGUCACCUCCGCAUAUCAAGGAGCAACAUGAAGAAGUACAUAGUGCCUUAUUUGACACCGUCAUGUGGAUCAUCCAAGCAGAGUAUUCGUCGAAUCUUGUCAUACUGAGGAUAGGUAAACCACGCUUGCGGCUGUAAUUGUGCUUGUUCUGGGUCUUUAUAAGCCCAACCCAUGUCUCUCUGCAUUAUUACCUUAUAAAUACAUUGGCGAAACAGACUGGAACCAUAACGUUGCUGUGUUCGGGGUAAAUAGACUAGCGAGGUUGCAGCAA